UUUAGUUCUUUCUUUCUUAUUACAACAAAUCUCAACAUAGUCUUUUUACAAACACAACAAAAAAUGGCUAACCCAAACGAAUGGUCUCAGUUCUACAACAACAACCAAACUUUCUUCACAACUUCCACCAUCACUUCAACCACCGUCACAACCGCUUCUCCCUCCGGUGAAGCCACCUCCACAGACUCUCGUCUGAGUCCUGAAACCGGUCGUGUAACAAAACCGGCACGUAGAAGAUCAAGAGCUUCACGUAGAACACCAACAACACUUCUCAACACAGACACAUCCAAUUUCCGUGCCAUGGUUCAGCAGUUCACUGGUGGUCCAUCCGCUAUGGCUUUUGGUUCCGGUAAUACUACUUCCGGUUUUAGCCUCACCACUUCGUCGGAUCCAACCGCCGGAUCUUCUCAACAAACUCCUUGGCAAUAUAAUUUCCAGCCUCACGCGCCGCCGCAGCCUCCUCCUCAAAGGGCUUAUAUGUUCUCGUUGAGCAACGUGAAUCCCAUCGUUGGGUAUAGUAACAUGAACAACCCUAAUAAUACUUUGGUUUCCGGUGUGUUUGGAACGGUGGAUGGUGGUGCUGGUGCUCCGUCGUCUAAGGAGGCAACGAAUAGUAAUACGUCUUCUUCGAGGCUACAAUGAGAAAACGAUUGGAUUCUUUUGAAUUUUUUUUUUUUUUUUCGCAUAAAGGCAGAAAUGUUAGGUACUGACUUUCUUUGUCAUAGAAUGAAAACUUUGACUUUUGUAUAUUUAAGUUUUUUCGUUUUCAUAUUUAAUAUUUUUUCUUUUUAGGCUCAAGAGAUUAUAGCGUUAUCAUGGCCCUAAAUCCGCAAAUAUUCAGUAACUGAAGUUGCAUACUUGCAUUCCAUAUUGCAAACUGUCAAUCAAAAUUUUAA